AUGGACCAGAUAAACUGUGAGAUUCCUGUGGGCGAGGUGCCAACUGUGCACCCUGGGAACGAGACAAGCAGCAGUGAGGACCCGGCAACAGACACGGGAGGACAGCAGGACAAGGAAGAGGACAUUCUAUCGGAGGAAGCGUACGGGGUAAACUCUGUCCAUCCUCCCGUACAGAGUCAAACAGAGCAGACGGACGGGCCUGUGGUGAAAGGUACUGUGGACAAACGCUACAAAUGUGACCAGUGUGACUAUUCUACUGCAAAGAAAAGCAAUUUACACCUACACAUGUCUAAACACACUGGGCACAGACCCUACAAAUGUGACAAGUGUGAAUAUUCUGCUUCGAGGAGAGUAGAUUUAUACAGGCACAUGUCUAAACACACUGGAGACAAACCCUACAUGUGUGGGGAGUGCGGCUACAGGACGGCUGUCAGGUCCCACCUAUCCAGGCAUAUGAGAAAACACACAGGUGAGAAACCUUACAAAUGUAACCAGUGUGACUAUUCUGCUUCACGGAAAGAACAUCUAGACCAUCACACGGCAAAACACACCGGAGACAAACCCUACAUGCGCGGGGAGUGUGGAUACAGGACGGCUGACUGGUCUAACAUAUCCAGGCAUAUGAAAAAGCAUGCAGGAGAAAAACCCUACAAGUGUGAUCAGUGCGACUAUUCUGCUGCACAGAAAUGCCAUUUAGACACACACACGGCUAAACACACCGGAGAAAAACCCUACAUGUGUGAGAAGUGUGGAUUCAGGACGGCUGACAGGUCUCACCUAUCCAAGCAUAUGAAAAAGCAUACAGGAGAUUAAUUGUACAGAUGUGAGCAGUGGGACUAUUCUGCAGCAC